GGCAGGCAACAGGUGGACGGACAAGCCCUGCACAAUUGAUGGAGGGGUUAUUAGCACAAAUCCUGUAAAAUUGCAACAAAUUACAGAGAGAGAGAAAGGUUUUCUACUACCAACUUCUAUUACUACCUUGGACUCCUUCAUCCUUACAAUGCCUAAGAGUGACACAUGGCCGGGUGGUGUCGCCAUAGAGACAAUGACUGGCAUAGACAGUGCAGGCAGCUGUGACAGUGUUGUCAGCAUGAACUCUGGAUUUAGUGACGAUAGCUUUGAGCACCUGUCUGCUGAGGAGAGGGCAUGUCUCAUGUUCUUGGAAGAGACCAUAGAGUCCCUAGAGACUGAGGAGGACAGUGGACUAUCCAAUGAUGAGCCUGACCGCCUGCCCAUCCCUGGCAAUGUGGCCACCAAGAUGGCCCACCUCUCUGCCUCCAUGGGCCAAAACAAACUCAACAAUGUAUCAAAAUAUCCCAGAGAGCAGAACGGUUACCUGGUUCCUACUCCAUUCAUCCUGGCCAACAGCACCUCCUGCAUCCUGCCAAAGGCUAGGCCAGGCAUACCCCAAGAUAAGGAGAACUCUCUCUCAAAGCCCCAGGUCACUGCCUUGGACAACAUGCCAUGUCAGGGCAACCACCCUUGUUUACCCCCUGAGGUCAAUGUUGUUGUGAUUCCCCCUCCGUCAAAGCUCAAAGACUACCCUGGUCAGAGACCACCUCCUUCACCCAGAGGCCCUCUGUCCUAUGAAGCCCUAGUGCAGCUGAGGAAGAGUGCCUCCAUGAAGAGAACUCCUCAAAGUCCCACAGCUGAGACCAGAGACUGGAACAGGCAGCCCUCUGCGUCAGACAUACCUAUUCACCCACAUCAUGGAAGCACACCCAGAGGCUGCUCAGUCACCCCAGCCCAGGGGAUACUCCCCCGGGAGCCCAGCAAGCACAAGGCCAGUCCUCCAGUUGUGUUCCCAAAACCCCCCAAAAUCCCUUCCCACAUUGCUGUGAAUACCCAAAGGGAUACUGCUAACUCCACUACGGACUCCAGUGCCCCUUCCUUGGACUCAUUGCCCAGGGACAGGCGUUUGUCGGACCCACAGAAGGUGAGAAAUGAUGCCUUACAAAAGCUGGGGCUCCUGAGAGAUAAUAAUGAGUCCCAACCUGAGCCUGUUACGCCACUGUGCACCUCCAAAUCUCACUCCUCCUUGGAACUAACUUCAGCCCGUGUGGGAGUCAAAGCUCCACCUCAUGGUAACCCAACAAGAAGCCAGCCCUCAACUACCUCCCAGGGACCCAGAGAAUCUAACAGCAGGCCAGUAAAAAGUAGCAGCAGCUUCCUCCAUCGCUCUAGUGAGGAGCAGCCCACCGCCCCCAACUCACACCCGUCCAAACCCAGUGGGGUCAAAGCUGCCACCCUGGAGCGCUCAGGGGUGGGGCUUGGGAGCUACAUGGCCGACCAUGGGAUACAUCCCGAUCCCCGCUCCGCCACCCUGGGCAGCCAGAGGGAGGGUGGACGUUGCACCCCAUCUGCUCUCAACAAAGCCUCAGAACAGGUGAAAACAACACCCGCUGCUCAGCCAGUGUCCCCCCACAAGACCCUGCACUGUCCAGGCUUCAGUGUGGUGAUGAUGCCCAGCAUGGGAGAAGACAGACGAGAGGCACUUAGGAAGCUGGGGCUGCUGAAAGACUAGGCCCGGAGAGAAGGCUGCCAAAAUAUCUGCCCAGUGGAUAAACAGAUAUACAGAGGGUAUCAAAUGAAACAGACUUCCACCACCUUCAGGAGGGAAGCAGAAAAAAGUGGGGAUUGAACCAAUUUCUGUAAAUAUUUUGAGCAUUGACAAUGCUGGCUUUUCAGGAACGACUGGCCUCUUUCUUCCAUUUCUUUUUUUAAGAGAGUACUGCAGUUUAAUUUACUCAGUAGUGCUGGGCAAUUAACUGUAAUUUCGUUUAAAUUAUUUGAAUUCCAUUUUGUUCCGUUUUAUUCUUCUUCUGUCAGCUCAAUAUAAACAUUGCACAGUUUCUCUAGCGAUAAAGCAGAUCAAGCCUGAACUGUGUGAAGCCUGAACUGAACUGUGUUGGGAGUUGUAGUUUCCAACAGGCCAAUAUUCUACAUUGUUAAGUGCAGAAAACAUGGUAAUUAACUACAAUGAUGAUAAUCCAUUGCGCCUACUUGUCCGUCUGUGUGUUUCUUUUACGCCUGUUACGUUGCGUUAGUGUGUGGCAGACACAGAGGUCAAGAGAAGAGACAGAAGAAUGCUCGAUCCGAAGGGAUAGAGAGUAGUUGCUUCACGAGUUACAUCUACCUAAAAAUAUUUGAUCUAAGUAUGCCUUAUUUACUUUGAAGAACUACUAAAAUAGUGAUUAAGUCAGACAGCAUAGGCAGCAGCUCUAUAUGAACCGAACCGACCUCAGAAAGCACUAAUUUACUGUUACCGCAAUUUAAUUUUCAUGUCAGUUGUUUAACAACAUUAUAUUUUUACAUUGAUUCGGUGACAACAAAAUUAGAGAAAAACAGUCACUGAACACUCUUUUAAAGCAAAUCAGAUAAGUGUCUAUCAUAAUUAUUUACCUCCUUACAUUUAGUUGCUUUACAAAGUGGGAUUUAAAGGGAUUUAUUGUGAUUGUUUUUGUCAUUGAUCCACAGAAAAUACUCUAUAACAUCAAAGUGAAAAUACAUUUCUACAAAUGUUUACAAAUAAACAAAAAUACAUAAAUAAAAUGUAUUGGUUAUAUAAGUAUUCAACCCAUAUGUUAUGGAAAGCCUAAGUAAUAAUUCAACCACAAAAACCAGAGAGGUUUUCCAAUGCCUUGCAAAGAAGGGCACCAAUUGGUAGAUGGGUAAAAAAAAGCAGACACUGAAUAUCCCUUUAAGCAUGGUAAAGUUAUUAAUUAGGCUUUGGAUGGUGUAUCAAUACACUCAGUCACUACAAAGAUACAGGCACCUUCCUAACUGAGUUGCCAGAGAGGAAGGAAACUGCUCAGGGACUUCACCAUGCCAAUGGGGAUUUUAAAACCAUUACAGAGGAUAAUGGCUGUGAUAGGAGAAAAUUGAGGCCGGAUUAACAUCAUUGUAGUUACUCCACAAUACUAACCUAAAUGACAGAGUGAAAAGAAAGCCUGUACAGAAAAAUGUGUCAAAGGAAUUCACUUUUUGUUCUGAAUACAAACCGCUAUGUGUGGGGCAAAUCCAACACAUCUCUGAGUGCCACUCCAUAUUUUCAAACAUGGUGGUGGCUGCAUCAUGAUAUGGGUAUGCUCGUAAUUGGCAGGGAUGGGAGUUUUUCAGGAUAAAAAGAAACGGAGCGGAGCUAAGCACUAGUAAAAUCAUAGAGGAAAACCUGGUUUAGUCUCCUUUCCACCAGAGACAAUUUCCCCUUUCAGCAGGACAAUAACCGAAAACAAAAGGCAAAAUAUACACUGGAAUUGCUUACCAAGACUACAUUGAAUGUUCCUGAGUACAGUUUUGACUUAAAUCGUCUUGAAAAUCUAUGGCAAGACUUGAAAAUAGCUGUCUAGCAAUGAUCAUCAACAAACUUGACAGAGCUUGAAGAAUUUUGAAAAGAAUAAUGGCAUAAUAUGGCAUAAUCCAAUUGUGCACAGCACUAAGGGGCCGAUUCGGACCCAAGUUAAGCACGCGUAAAUGGAACCCGCUAUUCAUUUUGUGGAGAUCUAAUAAAUGAAGGUGUAGCGGAUUUGUGUCUACAGAUAUGGCGUAUUCUGAUCUUGACUUAAUUCCCUAAUAAUUCCACCACUUUUACACACGAGGAAACCAUAAAUAAGGUCUAGCAAACCGACCAAUUCCAAGUGGAAAAAGCAUCUACUUAAUUUUUUCCGAUAGAAAUAAUACUUUUUCCAUGCAAUGUAAUUUACAACUUGUUAAGAGCUAUUGAUAAGAUCUAGGUAAAUGAGUCAUCUGUUUGGCUAAGGGAAUUGUAAAUAUAAAUUACACUUGUUUUAGAUCUAUUUUACCUUAUAAUCGCUGGAGACAAAUGUGAAACCAGUUAUAUGGCAGCAAACAGGAGCAUAUCAACAUACCCACGGUAAAGUUUAUGAAUUGUUGUGCCAUUAUGCAAAAUGUAAAUUGUAAGGGCUUUUAACUUGCAGGAAUGGGCACUCUCGAAUGUGUUAAUUAUAGGCUACUCAGACGUUCUCUGUUUCCUAUUUCUAGCAUUUUAAUAGCCAAUAUCAGUAUUGAUUGUCAGUAGGCAUAAUAACCACACAUAUUCAACUGUCAAUUUCCUGUUAGUUCCCUUCAGAUGGUAAAGCCUACGUUAUCAUUCCAUUUAAUUACAUUGUUUAGUUUACCUUAAUUGCUUCCUCUGUAAACGCCGUCAUGGCCGUGUGGUUGUUGCAGAAGAUCAUUAGUGACAAUUGAUGAUACUGUAUAUAAAAAGAAAUGUAAGCUAAUUAAUUCAUAAUGGAGCAGCGGCGCAGACCAAGCCGUAACGGUUUGGACCUGACGCAUGGCGCAAUACUUGGCUGUGUCGUCACACAGUUCCAUGGUUUGUGUUCCAUGGUUUGUGCAGGCAAUAGACGAGGGUAUAGCCUACUAUUGUACACUAUUCUCCCUAUUAUAAUUCUACUGUGUAUACAGUAAUCUUUCAACAUUAUCAUGGAUUGAGGAACUGAAUGUGACAAUUUUCAGAAUGAAUUAAACCACAAUUUUCUUUCUUUUGUGCGUAAAGGAUCUCCAAACCUGUUUUUUAUGAUUCUAAAGUAUUUUCCUUAACCUAAAUAAUCUGCAAGAUCAGAGUAUUUUUUUUAUCUACCAAUUGGUGCUGAAACAGAGAAGAAUAUGCAUAUAUUUAGAUGGCUUUUAUUCAUUACCUAAUUAUAUACCUAAUUUUCUGAAGCCGUUUUCUCGACAUAUUCUAGUGAGUCUGUCAACAAAAUUCAAACUUAAAGGUACACUGUCUUUAAAGGGGCGGCUUAAGAUAAAUGUACUGAAACCCCUAUUGAAUGAAAACUCCACGAGAAAAUCUGUUGGCCAGCAAGUGGGAGGAUUUUCAGGGGUUGAAUGAAAUUUAUUCAGAGCGCACAAGGCAGCCAUAACUGCAGAGCACACUAAGCGACUUAAUAAGGUAUGUCUGAACACCAAAUACUGAGAAGUGCAUAGGAAAGGCGUCAUUGGGAACGUCAAAUUCCAAAGUCUGAAUCGCCCCUAUGAGACUUACCCAAUAAGUAUACCCAAACGUGUUCUAUAAAGAAGACUUACAGCAGUAAUCACUGCCAAAGGUGUUUCUAAGAUCCCACUGGGUAAAACAGUUUGAACCCCCAAAAAAUCUAUGUGAUAACAUUGAAUCAACGUGGAAAACGAAUUUGAUUUGCAAAAAGUAAUCAAUGCAAGGACAUUUUGU